GCUUCUAAAAAAGAGAUCUAUAGCUCAGUGGGGCUCACCUGGUAAAAUAAAAAAAGUUUUUUUUCAUAUUUUACAGAGAGUUAGGGGGAAGGGGUGUGUGGCACUCGUAGUCUGUUACCAGCAAUGGGUCUCUAUCGUAGCGCACUCCCGGUGUCUGCCCAGUGGUUGGUGGUGAAUCUGUCAGGUUGCAUUGCAUUCUUAGUGAAAGGGGUGCAGCAGCCAUUGUUAGAGUUUAAAUCACUGAUAGUGCUACUGAGACUACAUACAACUGUCCUGGAAGUGUGUCAGAAUCGGUGAUCGAUGGCACAGAUUUGACCCCCAAGGGGUUGGCGUCGUCGCGUCUCGCAGGAGCCGUACCCACGUGACGAUGGAGACGGGGCUCAAGUGCUGCUUCCUGAGCCUCAAGGUGCAGGACACCAACCUGGACCUGCAGAAGGAACAUGAUCGGAGUGAGCGCCAGCUGAUCAGACGACGUGCUGGUGUCGCGCAAGGCCUACCUGGCGGGCGACGGGUUCAUGUCGCUGGCCGUCAAGGAGCCCUUCCCCGUGCUGAGACGAGGCUCACGUUCCGCACCAUGCAGCCAAGCGGCCUGCUCUUCUACUACUCCCUGCAAGUACCGGCCCGGCCUGAAGCCGGCCACACCACCCACCCCAGUAUCAACGGUCGGUGACUCCUGUCACGUGUGACGCGCGGUGGCGGUGGUUGUGGUGGUAGUGGUGCGGUGGGGAGAGACUCACGGGGCAGCCCUCCAACGUGCAGCUCCUGCUGUGUGUGUGUGUGUGUGAGCAGCCCGGGCACCGGGCCCUUGACGCGGCUCACAUCCCCCAUCCAUGUCUAAGUGAAGCACGUUGCCCUUCUUGAUCACUGCAAACAAUAAUAAAAACAAAGACAAAAGGUCCCCCAUACAGCCUUUAACACUCUUACCCAGGCUAAUCGAGAGGUGACUGCGGGGAGUGGUACAUCGUGGGGAGUGGUGGUGCAACGGUUAGCGCAAUGCGCUACGAAUCCGGCAACCUGAGUUCGAUUGCCACUCACGGCCAACAGCAGUGACGAUUAUCUGAUUUGGUCCUGGGCCUCUCCUAGGUUGACUUGGCCAAAAAUGAGUAUUUUUUGCAGUGUGUAAACAUCGCCACUAGGAAGACAAAGGUGGUCGGGCAUGGUGUUGGUAACUCACCCUCUUGUGUGCCGUGCUGACCUUCACAGGUGCUCGCGAACAGCACUCAUCCCAACAGUCUGUGUGUGUGGGCAGGGUGAGAUUCUGUCCGUCGCCCUCAAGAGGGGGCGGUGGUCCUGAAGACAAAGAGGACACCCUGCGGACCAUGAGCGACGGAUACAACGAAGGCUCCAACCAUUUACCUCUUCGCUCUGUGCAACUCCUCCAGAUGCCGCCUCGGUCUCCCCUGUCUUGGCCAUAGGAACGUGGAAUUUCCGUAUUGCCACCGCAGGCUCUGGUUUGUUAGAAGAGACGAGCUCGAUGCGUGUGCACCCCCCCUAGCGCGUGCGUGCAUGUGUUCGUGUCACUUUGUCGUUCUUUCUUGCGCGUGUGCGUCUUUGCCUGCGUGUGUGUGCAUCUGUGUCUCUCUGUGUGUGUCUGUACCUACGCGUAUGCACAUGUGCUUCUGUGUCUCUGCGUGUGUCUGUGUCUUUGCGUAUGCGCAUGUGCGUCUGUGUCUCUGCGUGUGUCUGCCUGCACGUAUGCUCAUAUGCGUCUGUGUCUCUGCGUCUGUCUGCCUGCACGUAUGUGCAUGUGCGUCUGUCUCUGCGUGUGUCUGUGUCUACGCGUAUGUGCAUGUGCAUCUGUGUCUCUGCGUGUGUCUGUGCCUACACGUAUGCGCAUGUGCGUCUGUGUCUCUGCGUGUGUCUGUGUCUACGCGUAUGUGCAUGUGCAUCUGUGUCUCUGCAGCGCCGCGGGGACACGUGGCUAUCACACUCGCGCGUCGUACAAAGUCAUCGUCACCAUCAUCCUCAACAUCAUCGUCGAUAGCAUUGUCAUUGUCGUCGUCAAUAUUGUCAUCUUCAACACUUAGUCAUCAGACAUGGGUCCUGGCUAUAAAAGUCUGGAAUAUCCACGACUGUCUUGGAUCCAUCCACAGAAAUGAUCCACCUCCUCCAUUGUUCACACUUGGGCCAGACUUAUGCUGGUAAUUUAGUACGGUAAUACAAUAAACAGAGACAGGUGACUGUGUGACCGGUGGUGACCAUGGCUGGUUGUGGUGGUGACUGGUGGUGACCGAUGGUGACCGUGUGGCCAGGGUUCAUCAGCGCGGCACCUGAGGCCCGUGCAGGAUGGUGUGCCGGCGUGGCCCGGCGAGGGUGGCUGUGCGGGGCCGUGGGGGGGACACGCAGGGGGCGUGCGGGGGCAGGGGGGCAACAGUGCCGGUGCCGGAGCCACGCACGACCGCCUCUUGUGGGGGAAACGCAUGCGCAGCGCGAUCCACCGCAGCUGACGAAGUGUGGAAAUGCACCUCGCUGGAGCUGAAGACCGACGCCAACGGGUUGCUCGCGUACGCGUCCACCGGCGGGGACGACGACAGGCGGCACCUGGACAUGCACCUGGAGGCGCAGCCCUUGUCCCAGCAGCUGCUGAUGGUGGAGGUGGUGGUGGGCCCCAAGGCUCACGGGGAGCUGAACGUGGACGGCUCGGCGGCGAAGGCCGCCCCGACACGCCGCAGGGGCCCGGAGUUCGGCCUGCGCUCCCCGCUCUACCUGGGUGGCGUCGCGAGCGGCACGGGCCGGCGACACCUGCAGCGCGCUACGUGGCGCUGACGGUAGCCAUGCGGGCCGAGAAGGAGGAGCGCCGUUCUAUCGGGAGGCGUCGCGCGCCCCGGGUGUGCCGUCACCGCCCCCCCCACCCCAGGGCCGCUGGAGGGCCGGGCUGCGUGCGCGGGGCCCGGCUCAACGGAGCGUCCCUGGGGGAGCCAGCACGCCGCUUCGCCGUGACGCCCUGCACCUCCGCGCCCACGACGCCCGGCGUGUGCUUCUCGCACGAAGGAGGCCACGUGCUGCUGGGUGAGAGAGCCAUGCCGGCAUUGUCGUCCCCCCCGCUCCCUCGCCCCCAACCGAACAUCAAAUAAUCUGUUUAAACGCACGUUUCUAAAUGUGGAGGGAACAACUGUCCUUGCCCCGCAGUCCGAUUAUCGCGGUUGGCUACGUACGGAGCAAAAGAAGUUCAACCACGCGAUGCAGCACAGCGAACCCCACGCAGGUGUCGUCAUGCUGUCGCCUCGCCGCGUCACGACAUGCAGCAGUGUCGUUAUUUUGCUGUUAUUGUUGCGGAUAUAUUGUUUUUUUUAUGUUUCACUUGUCAAAGUAAAUUAUGAAUCGCUGCUUUGAACCUGGCGUUCCCGAGUUAAAUUCAUGGCCGUGGCCACCGCGCUACGAACCCGGCAUUGUAAGUUGAAUUCCUGGCUAUGUCAAACGUUAGAGGAGAGCGAUAUCGGAUAUCGGAACCGGUCUGGGGCCUCCCCUAGGUUGGCUCGGCCUUAAACGAGCAUCCGGUGCGGUGUGUAAAAUAUCAGCGCUGGGAAUGUGUGGCUCUGGCCACACCGCCUCCUUGUGUGCUGUGACAACGUUUAUAGACGCUCAAUAACAGUGUUCGCCCCAACAGUUGUUGGUAUCACUGCACUUUUUUGCCACCCAUCGAACGGAGACGGUCAACACAUCGCGUGCGUUCAAAUGCACUUCUGCGGCCGUCUGGAACGCUCUUCCUUCCGAUAUUAGGAAGCCAAUGGAGCUAUGCACUUAUAA